GCGGGUGGGGAGCCCACUGUCGUCCGCUUCCUGACUAUCAGCAUGCUCCACGCCUUCGGCGACGGGAAUUGCUACAUGCCCAUUGCGGAGGACCUGAUGGCGCUUUACGACGCGGCCCGGUCGGGCGAGGAAGCAGCCCUGCCCUCCGUCUCAGGCCGGCUGCCCUUCGAGGCGCUGCAGGCGCGCCUGCAGGACUGCGCGGCCCUUCGCCCGCGGCCCCGGCGGGGCCGAUCCCCAGCGCAGGACGAUGACCACUAG